AUGAACACAUCAAACGAAACAAGAAUCGCUGACCAGUUUUGCCGUCCAAAAUCCACCGUAGCAGUCCAAACGAUUAAGGUCUUUGCGUAUGUUAUCUUAAUACUUGUGUCUUUGAUCGGCAACACACUCAUUAUUGCCGUAGUCUACAAGAACCGCCGAAUGCGAACCCCUGUGAAUUUUUUUGUGGUCAACAUGAGCGCCGCAGAUAUUCUCAUCACCGUGUUCUACAUGCCGCGAAUGAUCGCAAGGACGUUCUUAGGAAUGAACUGGGGAGUUGACGGAAAUCUUGGCGCCAUCUCCUGCAAGAUAGUACCGUUUGCCCAAGAGCUCUCCGCUUCAGUGUCAGUACUGACCCUUAUACUCAUAGCUGUGGACCGUUUCUUCGCUGUCUUGUUCCCCUUUAAACGCGUCUUCACAAACCGCGUUGCGUACGCUGCAAUCGCCUUCGUGUGGCUUUCCGCCUUUGCUGCUCGAGCGCCAAUGUUCCAUGGCCUUCGGUUCAUCCUUGAUGAAGAGGAGAAAACCCACUGUACUCUGGAAUUUGACUCCGAAAUGGCAAACAACUUUUACGUAAGAUUCGCUUUUGUAAUGUUUUAUGUCAUCCCUUUGUUCUUCACUGUUGUCCUGUACGGCGCCGUCCUAGUCUCCCUCAAGAACAGAAAACCAAUUGGCGAAGUUUUCACAAACACUCGACGCAAAUACAACAAUCGUUUGAAACGAACCCGCAAAGUGAUGAAUAUGUUGUUUGUCAUCGUGUUCGUUUUUGCUGUGUGUUGGUGCUUGCACUUCUUUUUUCCAAUUCUGUUUUUUCGUUUUCGAACCAGGGUGUGCGCGCUAGCCUUCCCGGCCUUCUUCCUUGGUCACAUCAACAGUGCAAUAAAUCCCUGUAUUUACCUGAUUUUUAUCGAAAACUACCGCCGCGGUUUCCGCCAGAUAUUACACCCGCUUUACAAGCGGUGCGUCAAUGCUAACACGAGAGUCGAACCUGAGGAUCACUCAGCUGCUUUAAACGGACGACAGAAGAGCAUCAAUGCCAGUCUGACAUUCGCCACGCUGGAUUUCCAGCCAACUGCCAGUACAUCCCAAAAUAAAGUCUUUUCACUAAAAACAUCCAUGAGUACAACCCAUUCUUAAAAUGGUAAAAUCAUGUUGUUUAAAAUCUUUCAUCAAGAUACAUUAUCCCAGUAAGGCGAAAUUCUGAAAUAAGAUUUAGGAGGAUCAUUCGAAACCGUGUACCUUUCGGCCAUAUGCUGUACUAUCAAUACUAGUGAGAACACGAGUUAAUAGUAUGUUCCUUGAAGUUUGUUAAUGGAUCUGCCUGCCUUGUUUAUUGUGAAUGCAAUACAAAAGUGCGACUUGAAAUAAAAGCUAUUUAGAAGCAUAAUUUGAGGUAAUGUUUAUUGGACUCGUUAGAUCAGAGGGUGACCAGAUGGCAGAUUGCAGAACGGUAGGCCAUUGCACUAGCGCGUUCGAGAUAGUCUUGAACAUGGCUCUACCACGAAUCAAUCCCGACCCUAGCCUGUUCCAGACUCCAUAAGCGAAAAGUCGUUCAGUAAAAAGAAAUGCGAAAAACGCUCAUUCUUCUCGCCGCCAACGCCCCCUUUCCCAAGUCGCCCUCGUCUUAUUUUCGCUUUGCUCGUUUUAAUACGUCCCCACUAGCCUCCCACGCAGACGUUCUUAGGGGUUCGUCACGCGUUCCUGAUUUGUAGUAAGGCGAUACCGCUUAUUUUAGUUCUUAUGGGCAAUGCGUUCGUCAAAUGAAACAACGAAUUUCGUGCAUCAGUUUUGUCCCCAAGAAUCCUCUGUAGCAAUACAAGUGAUGAGGAUGUUGUUUUGUGCCAUUGUAAUACUUAUAGCUUUGAUCGGGAACGCCCAUAUUAUUACCGUGGUUUGCCAGCAUCGUCGACUGCGAAGAGCAGCUAUGAAUUUGCUCGUGGUGAACAUGAGUAUGGCAGACAUUAUCAUUACUGUGUUUAAUUCGCCGCGCGUGAUAUCUAGGGCUCUUCUGGGCACAGACUGGGCAAUACGCGGAGAAUUCGGUUACAUCCUCUGCAAGGCCUUUCCAUUUGCCAAAGAGCUGUCCUCUUUCGUGUUAGUGCUCACUCUUCUACUAAUAGCAGUGGACCGUCUCAUCGCCGUCCUAUUUCCCUUAAAACGCUUUAUCACCAACCGUGUAGCGUACGCUGCCAUUUUCUUCGAAUGGAUUGUCGCCAUAGCUCUCCGAUCACCAAUACUCAACGGACAAAGGUUUAUCCUUGGAGAAGACGGACAAACAUACUGUUUCCUUCAAUUCGACUCCGAGCUGGCGUUUUAUUUUUACGUGAAGUAUGCAUUUGCGACCUUCUACUCAAUCCUUUUGACCUGUAUUCUCAUCCUUUUCGGCGUUGUGAUGGUUUUACUCAAGAAAAGAAAAUUAGUUGGCGAUGUGUCAACCAGCAGACAACAAAGAUACAAAGAUCGUACGAGGAGAACUCGCAAAGUGAUGAGGAUGUUGGUGACAAUCAUGUUUGUUUUAGCUCUGGGUUGGUCCCUACACUUCUUUUUGCCUCUUCUACUUCUUCGCUUUGGACCCAAAGUAUGUAACUUAGCUUUGCCAGCUCUCUUUCUUAAUCAAAGCACCAGUGCAAUAAAUCCUUGUAUCUACCUUCUUUACACAAAAAACUACCGCUGUAGUUUCCGUGAGAUUUGGCGCUCACUCUACAGGCGGUGCAUGAAGACGCUGUCUUCGAACAAUAAAAUUAAGCCUCAGGAUAUUUCAACUGUAUGUAGAAGGACUGUCGAAGGACUGCAAAAAUGA